ACGGCCUUCCGAGUGGUACGGCCAGCGGUACAAGCUCCACCAUCCAUCCGUACUCCCCCGGAUCCUCCAGGAUGCGAAGCCAGAGGCGCCUGCUGCUCCCAGCCCUGCUCUUGGGGCUGCUCCUGCUGGUGGGAGGGAUCUCAGCAGGAGAUUCUGCGCCGCAGGAUGUGGCCGUCAGCCGGGAGAAGCGCGGCACCGUCACCCUGGACUUUGGCCUCCUCCUGCGCAACCUACUGCUGAAGAGCGCCCAGUUGUCCUCGGCCAAGGCCAGUCUGGUGAAGACCACCCGUCGUCCUCGGACGACCACGACGGCGGCGCCACCACCUUCCUCGCCCCCUCCGCCGCCACGCAGUAGGAGACCCAUUUGGCAUCCGUUCUUCAGUUCGGGCUACCUGCCGCUGGACUACGAUACGGACUAUGCCGAUCCCCCAGCGCCGCGUCCCCCAGCGCCUCCACCACCACCACCACCCACUGCGCAGCCGUCCAGACGCCCAGUUCGUCCGCCUUUACGACCACGUCCGCGCCCAACUCCGACACCACCGCCACCGCCCCCGCCGAACUAUGAUUACGACUACGACUACGAUGCUCUGCCCCCAGCCCCGGCCCCCACCGAGGCACCACCGCCUCCUCCGCCACCACCGCCACCCUCAGCUCCGACACGCCCGAGGCCACGACCACGCCCUCGUCCGCAGCCCGAGCCUCAGCAGAGGCGGCCGGCGCAGCUGGGGGAUCGCCUUAUCUAUCAGUACGCACAACCUACUGAUACCUUCUUUAGGUCGCGAGCCGUGGCGGAGGCGGCGGACGUCCCGGACAGCGGAGACGUAGACGAUGCAGAUGCGGAUACGGGUACGGGAGCGGGUGCAGGUGCUACUGGUCCAGCUGAGUCCGAACCGCCUGCUCCGACGGCUCCCCGAUUUUUGGUCAACUACGAGAGCGAUAGCGAUUUUGGCACACCGCCGACCGGACAGCAGGAUCAGGAUCAGGUCCCGCCUGGCGCGUCCAGCAUCCCGGCGUCACCGUCAGCCCCAGGCUAUUUCGCGCCCCUCGAACUCGGUGGCCUCAAUCUCAAUCGCUUCCCGACUCCCAGCCAGCAGCAGUACUUCUACAACUAAGCGGUAUAGUUUCUUACUCUACUUCUAUUUGGAACCGAAAUGGAAAAUAUUGCUUGCGAAUUGCAGUGUGUGCUUACGAUUGGUUAUAAACUAGUAAUAUAAGUAUGCUUUUUUUA